UUAUUGUCACUCGUCAUUUUCAGCCGCAGCAUGAAGAUUGAAGUUUGUGAUCCCAUUCUAAAUUUAUAUUUUUGAUAAAUUGUCACUUGAAGCGAAAUAUUUCAAGUGUUUUAAUAAAGUUUUAAUUAUAUCGUAAAUGUAGUCGUAGCUGAAUAUUUUUUUUAAUAAAUUGAAAGAGUCUACUUGACCUCCACAAUGGAAGGUGUUGGCGAUACAAAUAUAAUAGAAUUGGACGAACCACCGAAAUGGGGUCUUAAACUUGCUCUUGAUCAUGAAUUUCCUCUACCUACAAAGCAACUUAUAAUACCAAGACCAAAACAAAUUCUUGAUUUCAUGCCACUAACUGCCAGAUAUCUAAAAUAUUACUGUGCUCGAAGAAUGCAGAAAAAACAACCAAUCAUGAACUACAUUCACAUGAUAUCAGCGCAAAGAAUGUAUGGUUGCCCAAUAGGUGGUAUAGGCGGUGGGACCAUAGGCAGAGGCUUUAAAGGAGAAUUCUGUCGGUUUCAACUGUAUCCUGGUCUGUAUGAGUAUGUGACAGUGCCUGAAUGUCAAUUUAUUGUUAACAUUAGGAAUGAGAAGAAUGAAACCAUUUUCCAGUCAGUUUUGUCAACUUAUGAUAAACCAAAAAAAGCACCUUCUACAUGGGAAUGGAACCUUAAGGGAUCAGAAUGUGAAUAUACAGCUUUAUAUCCUAGAGCAUGGACAACCUAUGAUCUCACUAAAUAUGGUAUUAAAUUGGUCUGUCGUCAAAUAUCACCUGUAAUUCCCCAUAAUUAUAAGGAUUCCAGUUUACCAUGUGCAGUUUUCGUAUUUUCUGCUAAAAACGUCAGUAACGAACAUCGAACAGUUAAUAUUACUUUUACCUGGACGGAGGUUCUUGCUGGUCCGAAUAAACGCAAAAAUUCAGGAAAAUUAGAUUUGGAGAGGUAUUCCGAGGAUAAUACAUGUGGAGUGACAUUGGAACAAAAAAUUAGCGAUACACCAAUCACAUUCACGAUAGCCAAAAAUAAAUCGGACAAUGAAACAAUUCACGAAGGGUACUGCUUAUGGAAUUCGACAAAGGGCUCCAAUUAUGUAUGGGAUUGUAUCAAAAAGAAUGGGAAGUUAGAACCGGAUCCCAGUCAAACGCCUACACCGCCUAAAACUACAGACAAAGAUCACAAGAAGGAUGAUAAAGAGAAACCAAAGAAGAUUUACAAAAACGACUCGGUUGGUCUUUCAAACACAAUAUCUCUGGAUCCCGGUGGAUGCGGCGUUUCCGAAUUCUGCCUUGCAUGGGACAUGCCCACAAUCAAAUACAAGAAAGAUAGGAAAAUACAUAGAAGAUAUUAUACAAAAUAUUUUGGUAGCGACGGCAUAGCCGGCGCCAGCAUAGCGGCGUACGCGCUUAGGAAUUACAAAAAUUGGGAGAAGCAACUCGGAGAGUGGCAAGACCCUAUUUUAAAUAACAGCAAUAUACCCGACUGGUUAAAAAGUGCCUUAAUGAAUGAGCUUUAUUUUGUGGCCGAUGGUGGGACUAUUUGGUUCGAUGUAAGCGAGGAAUUCCCUGAGACUGACCCUAGACAUGAUUUCGGCGUGUUCGGAUAUUUAGAAGGACACGAAUAUAGAAUGUAUAAUACGUACGAUGUACAUUUUUACGCUUCGUUUGCUUUAGCACAAUUAUGGCCUAAUUUACAAGUAGUCUUACAAUAUAUGUACCGGGACGCGAUAGCUUUAGAAACAACGCAAGUCAGACAGUCUCUGUACAACGGGAAAUAUGUGAAGUUUAAGAUUAAGGAAUCAAUUCCCCAUGAUUUAGGAGACCCAGAGGAUAUACCAUUCACACAUAUAAACGCAUACAACAUACACGACGUGUCUGAGUGGCGGGAUCUGAACCUCAAAUUCAUUCUUCAAGUGAUGCGCGACUAUAGACUGCUCAGAGCUCACAGUGCGCCCUUCCCGAGCGAGCGAUACCAAUCUAUGGCCUUCAUUGAUGACGUCAGAGAGGGAACCGAAGACGAUCUAUACACGAGAUCCACUGAACAACCGGACGAACGAUCCCCGGAUAUAUCCGUCGACCUGUCCACCGAUCCGUCGCCCGUACCCAAUAAGGAAGAAAUGCCAGAUAUACUUGACCUCCUGUACAGAAGCUCCGAAGUGGUCCCCGAGUGUCAUGAAACAGUGGAACCCAGGGAAACGGCUACCACGUGGAAUUCGAAGCAAUAUUUGUCGGACAUGUACCCGUCUUGUACGGCGUUGUUGCGCAAAGCCUAUUUGUGGGACAAGGAUGGCGAUGGCCUUAUAGAAAAUGGCGGUUUUCCCGAUCAAACUUAUGACGCGUGGGUCAUGACGGGGCCUAGUGCGUAUUGCGGUGGGCUAUGGGUGGCAUCAGUGAGCGUAGUUCGCGCCAUGGCGCACGUGCUCGGUUUCGAGGAGGAUGAAAGAGAGUUCUCGAAGCUUCUAGAACAAGCCAAGGCAUCUAUGACUGACAAAUUGUGGAAUGGCAAUUAUUAUUUGUUUGAUACUAAAGCUUCAAACAAAAAUGUUGUAAUGGCGGAUCAAUUGGCUGGUCAAUGGUUUCUCCGUGCAUCCGACUGGACAGAUGAAGUUUUCCCGGACGCGAAUGUGAAGAAGGCCCUCCAGACGAUCUACGAUAAUAACGUGCAGAAGUUCCUGAACGGCCGGUGCGGCGCCGUCAACGGCUACGUGGUGGGGGCGAGGGGACGCGUCGACACCACGGCCUUGCAGAGCGAGGAGGUGUGGACCGGAGUCACCUUUGGGUUGGCGGCGCUUAUGAUCUAUGAAGGCAUGCACGAACAGGCCUUCGCAACAGCUGGUGGUCUCCACAACACCCUCACCAGAAUGGGAUUGUCGUUCGAAACUCCCGAGGCGCUGUAUGAGAAUGGGAACCAUCGAUCCGUAGCCUACAUGCGGCCAUUGUCCAUAUGGUCCAUGUACCAGGCGAUCAUAGCCAGACCUCCCCCCAAAGCCAGUAUUCCCAAUGGCCAUGUACAUGAAACAGCUAAAUCGCGGUUAUAGUGAUUGCUAUAAUUGAAUAAGUAAAGUGCGUGAUGAAGGAUCCUUUACGCAUCUAAAAUAAUGCUUCGCAAUUUUUUACGAAUCAACAUGUCGUUAAAAAAUAGAUGUUUCUUUUUUUUGUAAAAUUAACAGAGUAUAAAAUAGUGCAAUGACAUUUAAAUAAAUUCAUCAUUCAUCAUCCAAUAAGACGGAAUGCGUUCGAUUCAAAGAUAGAACUCACUUUAAGAAUUCUAUCUUUGAAUUCUUAUCGUGUCUUAAAUAAUCAGACAACUUAAGAAUAAACCAAAAAUAGAUACUUUACACAUCAUAAUUUUUCAUUAUGUUUAAAUGAUGUUCAAAUAAGUAUUGGAUCACUUCAUCACCUGAUUUACGGAAUAAGUAUACUUGCAGUAUUUUUGAAAGUGCAAUAUUAUUUUUACACGCUAAGUGAAUGUUACCAGUGUCAAAUAAAAUAUUGUUCACUUAUGUGAUCGUCACUUGUUUCAUUUUGUGCACAAAAAUAUAAAUGAUUUAUGUUAAAAAAAUUGUUCUUAUAAAUGUUUGUUAUAAACAUUGACGUACUUAUAAAUAACUAGUCUUACAAUCACGCCAAAAAAUGUCUGGAGCAAAACUCCGCCUACGCAACUAUUAGGCAGUUUUCUUUUGAACGUAUACAAUAAGAUUUGAUAGUUACUCCCACGAAAUAAGGUAUAAAUUUAAGUGACGUCAUCUCAAUAGGCAAUUGUGAGUCUAUUUAUUUUUAGUACAGCAAUGGUUAUAAACCGUUAAUUUGAAAUGAAUGGCCGUAAUAUAGUAUUAUUACUUUUUAUCGCAGUUGUAGUUUGCUUUAUUUAUGCGUAAAAAUCUAAAUAUCAAAAUCAUAAAUAUAUGACAUUAAAAAUUAUUCUAAAUUAAUUGUUCAUAAUUUGAGGUUUUGUUGACCAUCAUCAUUUUUUGAAUCAUCAUUCUUUAGAAUGUUUAUGUUGUAAUCCUACCCUAAAGAUGUCUUUGUGGAUAUAAUUAAUUGCACACAAAACAAAUUAUUUUUUACGAAUCAAGAUUUGCUUGGUCUGGUUUUGUCUGGUCUCUACUGGAGACAUAAAAAACACUAUUCAAUUUAUAUUUUAAUUUGAAAUAUUAAUUUUUUGAAAUAGUUUAAGUUGUAAAUUUGAGAAUUAUAGUUACCUUGUGCAAUUUACAGGAAUGUAACUUGAGCUCUCAAAUACAGUAGAUAUCAAUUUAUAAUAUAACGUCUGCUGAUUAAUCGCAACAAUAAGCAGUAAUAUAAAAAUAAUUGUUGUUAAAUAUUAUAAGUUAUUUGUUUUAGAUGCGUAUUGAUAACUGGUAUUAAAAAUAAAUAUAAAUUUACUAAAUUUUAAAAUAUCUCGUUUCAAAUAUUUACGCACAAAUAAUAAAACAUGACAGUCUUUGUAAGACAAAGCUUUAAAACUUGACUUCAUGAUUUAAAAAAUGAAAUAAAUGUUUCUAAAGAAUGAAAUGGGAGAUGGCGUUUCUUUUUUAUUAUUGUAUGUCGAGUUUAUUAAUUUAUGUAUAGAUAAUAGUAAUAUUUAACUUAGCCCAAAGAUACGAAAGUAGUGACUAUAAAUAUGAAUAACUUCUCUACUUUUCUCUUCAGCUAUUUUAUAUACUUAAUUAAUAUCGGCUCUGAUGACAAUAUUUAAGCUUAUUUUUUUAGUUUUAUAGCAUUGAAAUGCUUUGUAAAUGAGAAAUUUUUUCAAAAUUUCUCAAUAUGUUUUUAACGUUUUUUUUUGUUCUUUUAACGUUUUUAAAUUCACCAUUCACAAUAUUUCAUUUAUUUAUUAUCUAAAAUAUACUUUUUUUUUUGGAUUCUUAAUCUACAAUAAUAUUACGAUGUGAUACUGUUGUCAAAAAAAUAUAUAUUUUAAUAAAUGUAAGAAUACAUUGUUAUAAUGGAAUUAAGGAAAACACACAACGACCAAAAAACGGUAAAAGUGCUAGCGCGAUUAAAUUGUAAUAGAAUUGUUUCCUGUAACAGUUUCAUUUUAUUGAAUUAUUGUCUUGCCUCGAAUGAAUUGUGAAAUUUAUUCAUUUCUAUUAUUAUUAAGUUAUAAGAGUCACACACAACUCAAAUACCGUUUAUAUUUUUGUUACUAAAUUAAUAUAUUAUAUUUAAUAAUUACUUUGUUGCCUAUGGUGCAGAAUAAAAUUUACUUAUUACAUAAUUUUAAAAGGUCCAUUUUAUUCUGCAUUCAACUCAGUUCUUAAUUAGCCUGUCAACAUAUUUAUUUUAUAACCAUUAAUAAUCAAUAAGCAGUAUUUAGCUAUUCCUAAUAACAA